AUGCUGCCAGCGCCGCCACCGGAGCCCGCCGUCGUCUUGCUGGAGCCGCCGCCCGCAGACGCCGCCGCCGAUAGCAACGUAGACGCGCAGCUGGCGGCGCUCAAGACCCAGCGGUGGACGCAGGGCAAGGACCUGACGGCGCACAUCAAGGACGUGGCUCUGCGCGCGGGCAAGCGCGCGGUCGUGCAGGUGAGCGGCGGCAGCUACAAGAAGUUCGUGUGCUCCAGCGAGGCGCCGUGUCCGUGGCUCGUCAACGCCGUGUGCUCGCGGCCCAAGAAGGCGGUGGCAGCGGCAGAUAAUGGCGGCGCCGAGCGCUUCUGGUACGUGACGUCGGGCUCGCUGGCGCACAGUCCGCAGUGCAACAGCGUGGCCAAGCCCACGACCCGGCAGCUCAAGGAGAGCGCGCUGCUGCGCGACGCCGUGUACGCGGACGCGCGCGUGUCGUCGGCCGAGCUGGUGGCGCAGCUG